AUGGCUGACUAAGACCGAAUUAAGUUCCACAAGGCUGAUUUUCGUAAAAAUUUGUAUAUUUUUGUCUCGCAAAGAUCUUUUUAAACAAAAUGUGCAGUGUUCAAGAAGAAGAUUUAGAGAAUGUCCCAUCUCAGCUACAGGGAAAGCAAUCUAAAGAAGAAUUUGGCGGUAGAAGAACGUGCAUGAAGUGCGCUUCAAGCCUUGCAGUCGUGGUUGUUCGCCUCAACGAUCCUUUGUGCAAGUCCUGUUUUCUGGCGUAUUUUACGCACAAAUUCCGUGCAACAAUCGGAAAAGCGCGUGUGAUACGGGCAGGAGAAAGGAUUUUAUUGGCAUUUUCUGGAGGUCUGUCUUCGUCUGCAAUGUUGCAUUUAGUUUGUGAAGGUUUGAGUGGUGCGGCUCACAAAAAACUCCGAUUCGAACCAGGGAUCAUUUUCAUCGAUGAAGGAGAAGUGCUGAAGCAAAGUGAAGAGGAGCGUUCUAGUUAUAUCGAACAGAUUCGAGGCAUAGUUUCAAGAGCAGAGUUUCCAUUUCAUCUGGUGAAGUUGGAGGACAUUUUCUCCCGAUCUGCACAAGAUGAUGCCAGUUGUUGCAAGAAGUCUGAAACGUCAGAAAAAGGUGAAAAAUUAAAAAGCCUGUUUGACGCAAUGCCAUCAGUGACAGAAAAAGAAGACUUGCUGAAGAUACUCCGUAACCAACUGUUGCUUACAGUGGCCAGGAAAGAAGGAUAUUCAAAAGUAAUGGUUGCAGACUGUGCCUCCAGACUGUCAGUAAGGCUACUAUCCAAUGUAUCUCAAGGGAGGGGUGGAGAUUUGCCAUUUGACACUGGCUUUAGUGAUGAUCGUCAUGACGAUGUCAUAUUUGUCAGACCAAUGCGAGAAUUUGUGACUAAGGAGAUAGCUCUGUAUAAUUUCUUUAACAAUGUCCAAGCUGUAGUUAUACCAACACUGUCCACCAUGAGCCAUUCACACAUCAGCAUUGAUCGUUUAACAGAAGAGUUUGUUAGUGGUCUUCAAGCUGAUCUUCCUUUUACUGUCAGCACAAUUUUUAGAACUGGUGAUAAGCUAUCUGUGAAGGAAUCCCCUGAUGAUGUCGCUUCUUGUGCUCUUUGUGGCAUUCCACUCAAUGUGGAUCCAACUCUGCUUUCCACCCUAACUGAUGGUCUGAGUGCAGUGGAGCUCAAUGUAGACAACAAAACUACUCCUAAGUCUGUGACUGAAUCUUGUGGAAGCUGUGAAAGUGGAUGUUCAAAUUCUUUAGCUGAACAGCCACUAACCAGAGACAAUAUUCAUGAAGCUUUAUGUUAUGGUUGCCGAUUAACAUUUAAAAAUGUCAAGUUUAAUCCGAGUGAUUUUCCCUCAUUUGUUAUGGAUGCUGCUAAGAAAUCUCAUCACAGAGCCCAGAUGAAAGAACAGAUCAAAGACUUUUUGUUGCAUGAUUGAAUAUACUUUACCUAUCAGUGACAAUCAGUUACUUCACAGGUAUAUUUUUUGUGCCAAUAUAUAACAAUUUUGGGGAGACCUCUGCUCGACAAAUUAUUUUUUAAGUCUACUAUCUCUGAGUGUGAGACAAGCAUAAAAGUUUGUGUUUAGACUACAAGCAGUCCUCCCUUUCAGUAAAGUCUGACAUAAGUAAGAAAAAAUCAGCCCAAAAAAACAGGUUGAUGUUAGCACCCCACGCGGGAUUCGUGGGGUAAGGCCCACAUAAGGUGUAGUUCCUUGCUGCAU